AUGUUUACUAUUCUGCUUUUUUCACUGAUUGGGCUAUCAGUCCAACUGUGUCCAACACAAAAUCGAUGUUGCAAGGAAUCACUCCGGGGGUACGAUUGUCGGGAAAAUCUGCGGGGUGACCAGUGUUUCUGCGUGUCCUUUUGUGAGGUGACCCGCUUCAACAUAUUUGUGGAGAUAGGACGCACCACCCACACAGUGGUGGUACCCAAGGGGCAGAUACACUUUCGAACAUCAGGAAAGAGGGUCCGAUAUUGUCAAAAAACCAACACAACAACCGUACAGAAUUUUGAGGGCACCUCCCUCACCUCAACAGGUGCCACCACAAAGAGAGAGGAGGAGGAGACUGCCGCUCCCACAACCUCAGAGGGUGGUGGUGGCACAACAGGUAGCGGCUACUCCUCAAGCAGAGAGAGUAGCGGUGCCACCACCACCCAAACUACCACCACUGAGGAUCCUUCGGGCCCCCUCACCACCCCGUCCACCACAGAAUUGAUUAAUUUAGCCGCCCCUGAGAGCCCUAAUACUGCCUUGCUAGUUAUAGGUACUGUUUCCUGUGUCAUAUGUAUUGUCCUGACCUUUACCUUCAUACAUCUGUGUAAGAGAAGACAACGCACUAUGAUCCAAAGAAUACCGUCACCUUUGCCAGUGCCACAUCAUUCUUCACCAAUUUUCUUUCCACUUACACCGCCCUCAAGUAUAGACACAUCUACUCCCUUGUAUACUCCGUCUUUAUUUUCUACAAGUGAAACAUCCAGUCUGUCUGAUGUAUCUUUAUUUGAUGUAUCUACUAUUCCUGCUGCAGCACCCCUAUCUAAACCUAGCUAUGAACAAAUAGACUUAACCACUUUUAACCCAUUGAAAAGGGUGACAAGGUCAAUGACCAAAUGCCAAACUAAAAAGAACAUGUAAAGGAAAUUUCAUUUUUUCUCAUUUCUUUUUUUCAUCAAAUUAAUACAAUAUCUUGUCUCAAAAACCAUUAUUUUAUUUGAUUCCUUUGGAAAAAUUUAUAUUUUGUUUACAAAGAAAAUAAUGUAUGUAUAUGUUACAUAAGAAAUCCUAUUUUAUGCUAUAU